AUGACCACGUUUUGGGAACUGUUCCGGGAAUGGGCAAGGCCCCUCCACAUUCCUAAUAUGCUGCAGAGCUCCACCAACGGUGUGCGCGCCGCUCUUGUUCCAGUCUUUGCACGACAUCUGGGCUCGACGGACAGCCAGGUGGGCUUCAUCAUAGGUUCCUCGGGCAUCGUUAAGGUCCUGCUUGACGUCGCCUUUGGAUUUGCCGCCUCUCUCCAUGGAACUCGCGUCAUUAUGAUUGCCGGCAUGAUGUUAAAUGUUCUGGGUAGCAUUGUGGCGGUGUUCGCAUUUUCUCCCUUUGCGCUUGUUAUUGCAUCUAUGCUUUGGGGGGCGGGCGUAGGCUGCUUCUUUGUGGCCCGACAGUUCUUUGUUGCGAGGGCGGUGCCGCGCUCCAUUCGUGGUCGUCUUAUGUCUGUGGUUGGCGGCUCUACGCGUUGGUGCGUCGUCCUGGGCCCUGCCAUCGCCGGCUUGCUGAUAGAUAUUGCAAACGUUCGGUUAGCCGCAUUCUCUAUUGCACCACUGAGUCUUACAUGUGCCUACAUCGUGGCCACGAAUGAGAAGAUACGCUCUGUAGAUGAGGAGAUUACUGAAGGUAAGGAGGACCAUAAUAUCUCCAAGGAGUUGAGUGACAUGUUAGUGGCUUUGCGCAAGUACUGGGAUGUUGCCAUACGCAUCGGCGUCUAUUCUUUUAAUAUCGUUUGCUUGCGGCAGGGGCGGAGUAUGUUGCUGGCCCUUGCGGCAAUUAACAUGGGACUUUCGGCGUCCAUGGUGGGUUUGGUUUUGGGAACCUCCUACAUCGUGGACGCCACCUUCUUUUUCCUUGGCGGGUAUCUCAUGGACAAGUUUGGUGAAAUAUAUACGACGAUUCCUACCUCAGCGAAUCUGGGUAUUGCCUUUUUGGUGCUCGCCCACUCUAAUAGUCUCACCACGUUGAUGCUGAGUGCCGUCAUGUUUGGGGUCGCGGAAACUACCGGGUGCGGAAUUUUGAUGGCACUCACCGCCGAACACUCACCACCCAGCGGUGGCGCUUCCUUCAUGGGGCUGAUGGGAACACUGCAGGACCUGGGGCAGGUGGUCGGGCCCAUGGCUUCUGGUUUAAUUAUGGAGUACUUUGGCUUUGCCUGCGUGUGUUACGUCCUGGGCGCGGUUGGGGCGCUCAAUGCCCUUUGGGCGUACUUCAUGAUCCCAGCAAAAUCUUCCAGUCAACUGGAGGAGGAGGCGGCGGCGGCGGCGGCCCAAGCGAGGGACCUCCCCGCCCCUGCCGACGAUGCGACAAUGGUGAUUCUGGAGGCAGAAGAAGGAGAGGCGGUGCCGGAUGCCGAGGACUGGGGUGAAAGGCGUUUACUCGUGGAUGAGGAAAUACCACAAGUGCUAGACGCCACGCCCGAGGAGGAGGUGAAGAAGGUUGCGGUGCAGGAGGAGUGA